AUGCUUGUUAAAAUGGAUCCUAACGGUCAACGCAACGUUCCUGGUCACGAUAAUAUGCUCGACCAUCAAGGGCAGGAAUUUCAACAGAUGCCACAUGGCUGCAACAACAUGCCUAUGGAUAUGACUCCCAACCAUGCUGGCAACAUGGCUUACAUGAUGCCGCCCAUCCCUGUCGAGCACACGAAUCCAAUGUACGGCGACAGCAUGGGUAUGUACUACCCGCCUCCCCAAUUCCCAAUUUACGACAACGGGACUGCUUACAAUGGCAAUGCGAUGCCGUAUAUGCAGCCUCCGAUGCAGGUUAUGCCGCAGUACGAUCAUUACCAACCAAGGGGGAUGCCACCUCCACCAGCCGCGUUCACGUCGCGAACUAACUGUCAUGAAGUAAACCCAGGGAGGGUUCCACCAUUACACAUGGGCGGCAGAGCCGUAUACCGCAAGCAGAAGGGCUUCCUAUGCUGCUGA